AUGUCUAUGUCCAAAGUAGCCCUGGUCACAGCUGCAAGCAGUGGUCUCGGCGCAGCCAUUGCUCGCAUGCUAGCCGUCAACCUAGGAAUGAACGUCGUGAUCAACUUCAACAGCAACGAAUCUCGCGCCAAAGACCUAGUAUCAAAGCUACAAGCCGAGUGUCAUGAAAAGCACGCAGGCUCCGACAUCUCGAUACAGGCCAUUCAAGCGGAUACAUGCGACAAGCUGCAGAUCAAAUCACUCGUCGAAGAUGCAGCAUCGAGGUUUGGCGGUCGUCUAGAUGUUGUCAUAUCGAAUGUUGGAUGGACAAAGAUGCGCCAGUUCUCAGACAUCGAUGAUAACGUUGACGAUGACGACUGGGAUCGAUGUUAUGUUGCCAAUGUUAAGAGCCAUCUGUGGCUUUUCCAUGCGGCGAAGCGCUAUCUUGAAGAGAGCAACAAGCGAGAAGCUGGUGUGCCUGUCUUUAUAUCUACAGCCAGCUUAGCCGGAGUCAUCCCCAGCGGAAGCAGCGUGCCGUAUGCAGUCACAAAAGCUGCACAGAUCCAUCUCGGCAAAUGCCUCGCCAAGAUCGCUGCGCCGUCAAUCAGAGUGAACACCAUCUCACCAGGCAUAUUACUUACUGAAUGGGGUCUUUCGUUCCCCGCAGAUCGACUUGAAAUUGCUCGCAACACAAAUAAGUUGGGGCGUUUUGCCACAGUUGAAGACGUUGCGGAGCAAGUUAAAGCUUUUGUCGUGUCUAAAUCAGUAACCGGACAGAAUGGGGUCAUUGAUGCAGGUUUCGGUUUAUGA